CGCUAUAUAUGAGCACCUUGGCAGCUCACCCCUCACGACAUUCCUCUCUUGCAACCAACUUCUCUUGCAAUCAGUUGAUAUCCCUUCUCCAUCUCUCCAAGCUAGUAGACAGACACUUGAAGAAGCAGAUAUCGGGAGCGCAGCAUGAUCCCAAGAGCUCCAAGCCUCUUCCACCUCGAAGAGGGAAUGGGUGCCUCAACGCCGAUGGUGGCCUCCGGCGAGCUCGUCGGGCUUCGGCUGAUCAUACAACCGUCGCCUAGGGAACAGCCGCCGACGGUCCUCAGGAGGUCGGAGGUGAGGACUCCGGCGACGAGCGCAUCGAAGUGCCAUGAGAAUGGCCGAGUGUUUGUGGGCCUCGAGUUCUUGAAGUGCUGCUUCUGCUGCCGCAAGACGCUGGACGCCACCAUGGACGUCUUCGUGUACAAAGGAGAUCAAGCGUUUUGCAGCGCUGAAUGCCGAUGCCAGCAGAUAGCGAAAGAGGAGCGGCGAGAGAUGGAAAUCCUGGUCAGGAAACGCCGCGACGCGUUCCACAGUCGGCACGCAGCAGCGGCUAAGAUGCAAGGAUCGAACCGGCAUAUGAGACUGCAAACUGCUGCACGAUGAUAUACAUGUGUUUGGGACAAUUUGUAGUCCUAGUUUUUGUUUCCCUCUUCCAUUUUACAUGGCCGGAGGGAGGGGUCCUUCUGCUGUUUUUCUUUUCUUGAGGGGUGGAGGGACAGGGGCAGUAGCUGUGGAUGGUACAGCGGCCAUUGACGGUAGCUGCUGUCUCCUCCAUUCCGCUGGUUGACCUUUGGCUGGUGUGCCUGGAGAGACAACUUAUGGUUAAUCUAUAGAUUCAGACGGCGUCAUGCAUACA